ACCAGUUGAGUAGUUCAUAAUAAGCAAUUUGUCAGCUGUGUCAAUAGUAGUGUACGAGAACAACAAUAAUAAUGUUCAGAAGUAUUACCAGUAGAGUCUUAGUAAGGCCGACAGUCACUGUGAAUGCGUUUAAGUUGCAACCACAAAUUAAUGGAAGAUUAUUAUCAUACACUUCAAUAUUAGCACAAACUCAAUCUGCAUCUGCCAUUCCUCAAGAAUCAGAAAUUCCACCUAUGGAUGCAUAUGAAGCAAAGAUCUAUAAGAUUCUUCAAGAUGAGUUUAACCCAAGAAAUUUACAAGUAAAAGAUGUUUCUGGAGGUUGUGGAUCGAUGUUUGCUAUUCUCGUUGAGAGUGAGAAGUUUAAGGGUAUCCCCAUGAUAAAGCAGCACCGAUUAGUUAAUGCUGUAUUAAAAGAUGAGAUUGCUCAAUGGCAUGGCUUACAGCUCCGAACAAAGGCAUAAAUAUAUAUAUACCUCUAUUAGAUACUUGUAAAUAGAUAUGGUCAAUUUUAUAAUUUAUAUAUAUAAUUUAUAAUUUAUAAUUUACAGAUUUUCACGUGACA